AUGGUGGGAGCAACAACUCAAUCUGUGUCAAGCACGGUCCUUGCCUCCGCAGAUCUAAUUAAAAGCAUAGACCUGGGUUUCUAUAAGCUGCAAAUGAAUGAAUCGUUUUUCAUCUUUGAAAUAAUCUUUGGAAUCUACUUACUCUUGAACCUAGCCCUCAUAGCUGAGAAAUACUUAAUGCCUUGUCUCAUGAAUAUUUCAAAGCGAUAUAAUAUGAGUAGAGAUCUAACUGGAAUACUGGUAGCUAUAGGCAAUUUAGUCCCAGAACUUACCACUACUAUAUUGUCAUUCUUGAAACAUGGAGUAAAGAUGACUGAAUUUGGCAUUGCCUGCAAUGUAGGGACCUCGAUAUUCGUGAUAACUGUGGUGCCAGCUGUUGCCAUUCUUAUGACUAUUUAAGGUAACACACAAAAUGCUAGAUAAGAAGGAUAAUCGCAGUAAAAUAGUGAUGAUCAUAAUGAAAAUCAGGACGAUGAAGAUGAAAAUUAGGCCUUAAUUGAGAAAGUUGAUAAGGAGGUUGAUUAAGAUUCUGGCCACAACCUGAGUCCCGAAAUGGAGUAAUAAAUGAUGUCUACAAUAUUCAGGGAUAUGGGUUUCUUCAUAGCUGGCUUGAUUCUUUAUGAGGGAUUACUAUACAAGGGUAUAAUAUAUUUCCAUGAGGCAAUUGCGCUAUUCCUUGUGGUUGUUCUGUAUAUCUUUGUCAUUUUUAAGAUGGAGAAGCAAACAGAUAAAAACGAGCAAAUUAAAAGCUUAGUAGCAAAGGGUGCAAAUCAAAUGGAAUAAUCUAGUUUACAACACCUUCCAAAGCAGCAGAGCGAUGACUAGUGCUUUAAAGCUAACGACAAGCUGCCCUCUAGUUAUUCGAAUUCAUUUUAAGCACACGGUAAGGAAUAGGACUUACUGUCUAUGGUGUCUAAGCAAGACUACGAGACCUUGGAGAAGGAGAGUAAAAUGCUACACUAUUUGGAAUUAUUAUGCUACCCAGCCAUUAAGUUACUCGGACUAAUCCUGCCUGUGUAAAAAUCCCCAAUCGCAGCAUUCUUAAUCAUCGUGGCUCUAUUUUUCAUAAGUAUGGACUUCAUUUUGACUUUAGUUAGUGUGAUGUCUGUAUACACUCACCUCUCAAGCGUCUUAAUAGCUCUCACUAUAAUGUCAUGGGGAUCAAGUCCAAUAGAACUUAUUAAUCUAAUCAUUGCCUCUAAAAAGGGAGAAUUACAAAUAGGAUUGACAUCAAUCCUAAGUGGAAUUGUAUUUACAUUUUUCAUUCUUAUGCCCCUUGCUAUGAUAUUUAAGAUGAUAAAGAAAGAAACACAUGAGAUUGAAGUAAUCAGUCCCAUCCACUCUAGCAAUCUAAUGUUCCUGCCAGCUUUGAUCUUGACUUUAUUUACAACAUUUAUUUACUGGAAAACUAGAAUGAACUUUGGCAAGUACUCUGCUUCAGCCUUGAUAAUCUCAUACUCACUCUAUCUAGGCUACAUGUAUUAUGAGUUGAAAGGUGAUAAGAUAUGA